AUGCCUCCCAAGAAGCGCUCGCGCCUCGGGCUGUCUUCAACACCAACCACGAUCAGAGAAGAUAGUGUCAUGGACGUUGAUACACCACGGCCAAGCGCGACUCCAGGCUUUCUUUCGUCGGCAUUCAAGCCCAUCAUACCCGUCACUCCGUACGACAGUCUGUGGACAGACGACCAAAUCUCUUCGCUAUUCAAAGGCGUCAUUCGCUGGAAGCCUGCUGGGAUGCAUAAGCACUUUCGGAUGAUAGCAAUAUCCGAGCACUUGCGCAAUCACGGCAUCGACCCCGACAUCCAUCGGCACACGCGCAUCCCCCACAUCUGGGAGAAGCUGCGGACAUACUACGACCUCGACCUGAUUGACGAGCGCGAGUACUUUGACGACGACGAGCUCGACGACAAAUACGUCGAGUUCUCCCUUCCCUUCCACGAGUUUGGCGAGAUGAUGCUGCAGCGCGCCGUUGCGGACCCGAGCGAAGCCCCCACGUCUCCUCCUCAGCUGGACCUCUCCCCUCCGCCCGAACAGAAGCGCCAGCGGGCCAGUACCGCCCCGAAGACGAGGGGAGCCUCUGUGGAAGGCGUCGAGAGCAGUGCUGCCGCGUCGCCGGCGCCGAAGCCGACCAAGGGCACAAGAGGCCGCAAGAGGGCGGCCAGCCAGUCCAAAGCUGAAAAGGAAAAGGUGGUGGAAAAUUCUGAAGAGUCCGAAGACGAGUCCGAAGAGGAAGACGAAUCUGGCUCGGAAGAGAGUGAUAGUGAAAGCGCGGACAGCGGUUCUCCUGCUCCGAAACCUGCAAGAGGGGGGCCGGGCAGAGGCCGUGGAAGAGGCCGAGGACGGGGCAGGAGAGGCAGAGGUAGAGGGGGCUAA